CACAAUAGGUCUAGGAAUUAACAUUAUAGAUUGACGUGUGAACUUCUAGCUAUUCUGCGUUCAACCGCUCAUUCGAUCCCUCUCCAUCCAGGCGACGAUCCAUACUUCAAGAAUACUUCCGCUAAUCUCUGCUUUCUUUACAAUGUGGAAACCAGUGGAUCUUCCCUUCCAGAAAUCCCAACCUCAGCCUCCACUACCUACAACAGAUGAGAUCCGCGCCUGCACCAAUGUCCUCUGGGAGACCAUGGCCUCUAAGGUCGUGACAAUUAACGACAAUAUUGUCGUAAAGUAUGGAGGUUGUAUAAACACCUGGGAAGGCCAGGCAUUGAUUUACCUUGAACAACAUGUCCCCGAAGUUCCAGCCCCUCGACUGUACGCGAUGUACUAUGAGGGCAAGCAACUUUUCCUAGUCAUGCAACGCAUCCCCGGUGUGCAACUAGAUACUAUCUGGCCAACAUUAACCCCCUCCGAGAAGGAUGGCAUCAUAGCAAAACUUCAACUAAUAUUCUCCGCCAUGCGAAAGGCUGAGUGUCCAUGGCCCAACUUUUUCGGUGGCCUGGACGGCGGCGGCGUACAUCACUACCUAUUCUACAGCCAGCACGGCGACCAGAAGUUUCUAGGGCCUUUCACUGGUGAACCAGCCUUCGUUGCUGGCCUUGCUCGCUUUUACGAGAAAUACCUGGCUCGCGUUCUUCAAGGUCACCGGCCUACAUUGACACAUGGAGACGUUCAGCAGAAGAAUAUCAUGGUUGUGAUGGAUCAAAGUUGCUCAAACGAGGGUGAGCGAUCGCUUGACGUUGUGCUGGUUGAUUGGGAGAAUGCUGGCUGGUUUCCUGACUUUUGGGAGUUUUUUUGUGCAUCGCACCCUUUCAUUUUCGAGUGGGAUGAAGACUGGUCAUGGCGAGUUCAGGAGUUUGUGGAAGUGUGGCCCGCUGAGAUGGCUAUUAUGCAAUUGAUUGAUAGGGAGUUGGGCUGGUGA